GUUCUGCUUCUUUGGAGGCAUGAUUAGGGUAGCUGGUGAUCGUGAGCGAGUAAAGACUGUAUCAAAAAGUUAACAAUAGUGCUGUCUGUAGCCCUCCGCGAAGGUCUGUCACUUGCAGAGAUCACAAGUUUGCUAAUAUUGCGAAGUCGACUAUCAAGCUGCGAGCGUGAAAGUAGUUCCUGUGUAGUUCACUACAUAGGACUUGACCAGCAAUCGAUGUCCGAAGACCUUGAGCAGCAAAUUUCCAUUCUUCGCAAAUCGCGAUGGGUUAAUCUCUCUGGGCUCAUCGAUUGCGCUACAAAACGUCUUUCGAAACCUACCUGCCGAUCCAUCCAACUUCUCGGAAAUGGCAGUUACAAUACCGUCUACAAACUGAUCUUUGCUGAUGGCACUGAGAUCGCCGCUAGCGUGUCAGUGCAUGAUGACGAAGACUUCAAUCCCCAGGCAAAGCUGUCUGAGAUAGCCACCAUGCAGUUCGUCCGUGCAUCCGGUUUAUAUCCAGAUAUUCUGGUCCCACAAGUCCAUGCUUGGGAUAUUACGUUUUCUAAUCCAGUCGGUGCGCCAUAUGUUCUCAUGGACAUCGUCCGCGGACGAAAGCUCGAAAAUCUCAACAACAAUGACAACCUUCGUGGCCUGGAUAGUAUGUCGGAAGUGCAACAGCUGACCGUCACCACAACUCUGGCAAAGCUACAGUCUGCUUUGUCGGCACCCGUCUCGUUUGGCAAGAUCGGCAGCAUUACCCUCAACGACGAAGGAAGCUUUGUCGUAGGACCACUCUUCAGCAUUACACAGAAGAAUUUGGGGGGGCCAUAUAAAUCCCUUGCUGAUCUCUGGAGAGCCCGUCUGGAGCAUGAGAUCUUACACGCUAUGAGGGACUGGAUCAGGCUUGAGACGAACCAGCUUUCUCAAUCGCUCUCAGAGCCCAAAUGCACCCCUCAAAAGUUUUCAGAACUUUUCCAACUUCUCUCCUCGCUCACGCCUCACUUCGUUCCUCCAUCUUCUUAUCUGCCCUUGGUCUUACACCAUCCCGACCUCGCACUCCGUAACGUCUUUUUUGAUCCAACCGAUGACACGAAGAUAGUAGGGCUAAUAGACUGGGGCGGCGCACAGAUCCUCCCUCUCAUUCUCACCGCCAAAUUCCCCGGCGACUUGAAUUCGACCGGGGAUGAUCCCUGUGAGAGACAGGGGAUCCCUGAUGAGGGUUGGAACACUGUCCCGCAUGACUGGACUUCCUUCGGUGACACUUCCAAGUGGCCAAAGGUCUUCCGUGGCGCAAACGAUCAAGUUGAUUUGACUAUUCGAGCGAGCGCUAUGGUCAGGCGGUAUUACCUUCGUCAGCACUUUGGUGCACGUUUUGCUCUGGAGAACCAUGAUAGAUAUAGCGACUAUGACACUGGUCGCGCGAUGUUGUUCGCACAUGCGCCGUAUUAUCUCAAGUUUCAUGAGAUCAUCGCGGGCGGCUGGACCGCUUGGGUCGAUCAUGCCGAAUGGAUACGUGAGACAUUUAGGCGAUUAAGUGCGGUACGAAAGGACCCCCGGGGCCAUGCAUUAAUUGUUGGUCCGAACGUCUACCGCAGCUCUAUGGAGAAGCCAGUGUUUGACUUGAGCAUCUUCGAGGAGCAGUCCUCUGAAGAUGACCAAGAUGGCGAAGAAGAGAAGAUGGGCGAAUAAGCUUUCGUACAUAUAGCAGAUGGUACGUGGCA